UACUAUAUAACAGAACGAAACGUAACUGUUUGUAUAAUUAGUGUUCUUGGUUUAAAUAAUGAUUUUAAUUACAUUUUGCAGCCUGUUUUUAAUUAUUAGUGGAUCUUCUGCAAUACCACUUGCAGAGGAGCCCAUUGUGACUCUACCAUAUGGCCAAAUACGCGGAAGGAUAGCAGUAACUGAGAGUGAUGGGGUAACAUUUUAUUCUUUUCAAGAAGUGCCAUUUGCAGCGCCACCUGUUGGAAAUCUAAGAUUUCAGCCGCCACAACCAGUUCCGAGUUGGGAAGGAAUCCUAGACACCCAAACCAACACGAAGAUGUGCUAUCAAGUAACGGCAAAUUAUCAUUACGAAAAUGAGGACUGCCUCUACUUAAAUGUCUAUUCACCAGUCCCGCCUGGUUCCGAGUCCACUUUGCCCGUCUUAGUAAAUAUUUAUGGUGGAACUUUCACCCACGGAUCAGCCAUGUACCAGUAUGCCGGGCCUCAAUCUUUCAUGAGCAGGGGGGUAGUUUUGGUUACAUUCAACUACCGCGUUGGACCCUUCGGGUUCUUGUCUACGGAAGAUACUGUAAUUCCUGGAAACAUGGGAGUGAAGGAUCAGCAGUAUGCUCUGAAAUGGGUGCAGGAGAAUAUUCAUCUUUUCGGUGGAGACCCUACCAAAGUGACUUUGAUGGGUCAAAGUGCUGGAGCUUCUUCAGUAACAUACCAAAUUUUGAGCCCAGGAUCAGCAGGGCUCUUUAGAGCAGCUAUUGCAGAAAGUGGAUCCGCCUUGUGUCCCUGGUCCCAUCAAAGACAUGCUCUGGACAGUGCCUACAAAGUAGCAGCUUACAUAGAUUCAAGCUUUGACACAACUAGUUCAACGCAGCAACUUGCAGAUUUCUUAAUAAGCGCAGACGCUAGUGCCAUUGAUGCUGCCAGCGAAAAGUAUCAGGUAUGGGCACCAGUGGUUGAACCCGAACAUGAUGGCGCCUUCAUCACUGAUUCGAUGUAUGAGCUGGUUAAAAACGGACAGAUUAACAAAGUGCCUCUGAUAAUUGGCAUGAAUUCAGAGGAAUAUAUUGCGAAAGCUGCAGAUUUGGAUUCAUUCAAAGUGUCAAUGGCAGCUACUGACAAGUAUCCACAAAAAAUAAUCAGCGAAAAUAUGAACAUAGUAGACGACCAAACAAAAAUUGAAGCAGGAGAGGCAGUAAGAAAAAUAUAUACAUCUGGAUUGUUCCAAGAUGAUCUAGCUUCUGCUAUUAGGUAUCUGAGUGAUAAUACUUUCAAUAAAGGGGUCAUAAGAUACGCCGAGUUUCAGUCCCAAUAUACCGAUGUUUACUUUUAUCAGUUCUCUUAUCAUGGACUAUUGGGAAGAAACAACGUUUCAAUGGAGGGACUUGAAGGUAGAGUCCAACAUGGGGAAGAUUCCAGAUACCUUUGGACUGCUGCUCUAGAUAUAAGCUCAUACCCAGAGUCAGAUCGCAAAACAGCCAACCGAUAUAUGACUUUAUUCACCGAUUUUGCCAAAUAUUUGAACCCCACACCUGAAAAAAAGGAACUAUUCGAUAACUUGCAAUGGCCCACUGUUUCUUCAGACAAUUUCUAUUAUUUAGAUAUUGACGAGAACUUGGAAAUAAAAGUUAACCCUAGAGAAUCAUCGUACCAGAAAUGGAUUCAAGUCUACGAACAAUACGGUGUUCAACCUUUCUAUACGUUUUAACUUUUCAAAGAUUAAAUGAAUAAAUAGUUACUAUAUGCA